AUCGAGGGCUUACCGAGAAGUUGAAGUUGAAUGUCCUAAAAAUUAAAACAAAACAAUUCCUUAUUUAAAAAAUUUGUUAUAGUAUGGAUUCUGUUAGUAGUUCUUAGAUGUAGGAUCGACUGGACUAGUUACCACAUUCUUUACAAGCUUGCGGAAUACAAAACUUGCUUUCAUCAUGAGUGAAAACAACAAGAAAAUGCAGCUUGAACUGCUGAUGGAAAAACUAAGGCACAAAACAAACCAUCUAAAUUUAACAGAUUGCGCCAAAACAUUUCGAAUGACUAUUCUGGAAAAACGCUACAAUAAUGACAGUGUAGAGAAACUGCAGUACCAAAAAUGUCUUGAUCUCCUUCAAACCAACAUGAAAGUUACUUCAUUGCAGUCUAUGCUGGAAAGACUUGAAAGCAUAUCUAGACAAGCAGGAUUGAAAUUCACAGCUGAUGGUUCAGGAAGGGCUUUUUUCAUUUCGUCUGAUAUGUUUUACUUGGAAGUAAUUGUAGAACAAGGAGGAUCUGUGUGUGAAGUUCAUAUUCAACAUGAAGGGAAAAGUGAACCCCAAACUUGCAAUGAAAUUGCUGUGUGUUUGAAUUCAGGAAAUUUUUCAAAAUUCACUAGCCAUCUGCAGGGUCUGUGUGCUAUAUACCAAGUUAGUGCAGAUAAAAAACUGAAAGCUAAGGCUUUUGCUGCUUUAAGUGCCCUAGAAAUGGAUUUGGUUUCAGUGUCAAAACUUCAAGCUUACAGACAAGAUAUUGUGACCCUUGUUCACAAAUCGCCUCUUGGCAUCCUAAUGCCAAGGGUUGGAGGGUUGCCACUUACUCUCACAUAUUUUCUUUCUCCGUAUGACUUGAUGAACGUACAAUCUCCGACUAUUGCCAUGACGCAGGAGAAAAUAUUAGAGAAUAAUGCUGGGAUUUCAUGCACACUUGGUAUUGACAGCUCUACCAAUUUCCAACUACCGAUUUCUCCGCUUUUUUCCGUCAACCGAAACUCUGACGGAGAAAGUGUACCGGCGUUUUCACCUCUUAGCGCUACCAACAGUGCAUCUUUGCCGGCAAACUUUGUUCUUCGAAUGCGUGAUCCGCUGGUGCUUUGUUUUUCGUUUGCCCAACAAAUAAAGUCUAUUACAGGAAUGGAACUUGGAAACUGGGAUGAACCUGAGUAUUUGUUUCGUUCUCUGGUCAAAACUGUUUCCAAAGGACAAAUGGAAUGCCCUGGUAACGAAGACCGAAUAUCCAGAGCGCUUCACGUAACCUUACCUGAUCAGCAGCACAGCUACUUUGUUACUGAGAGCGAAGACGUUGCAUUAAAAUGCUGUUGUAUCACCUCCAUUCCAUUUUGCCAUCCGUCACACGUACCGCAGAUCCUAGCCAUUCUGAGAAGACAAGGUCUACUUAAUGUGUUGCUUUCUUCCUGCAUUCGUCCUAAAAGUCAAACAGAUUCGGGUGCCGCCUUGACUUUUGAGAUUAGUGCUAUUUCUCUGGAUCACAUGUCUGUGACAUUUGAGCAUCCCCUUCUGGAACAAAUGUGUUCUGUAGAAAUUGAUUUAGGCAUGGAUCCCACUUUUAUCCGAUGCAGUCUCUUUGGAGCAGACGAAGAAAGGUCAUCAAGUGAUGAAUAUGCUACCAAAGUGUUACAGCGAUGUCUGUCGAUUCCAGUGACCAUGAGAGCAAUCUUACGUCAGAUGCAAUCGUCAUCUUCACGUUGGACGAACGGAUCAGAUCACCAAGGAUCGUUUGAGCGUCGUUUUCAACCUCACAUUAAUGGAGACUCAGAUUCCCAUCCAGGAUCCAAUGGGCAGUAUGGCAACCCUUCCUUUACAGCCGGAGGUGGUGGAGGUUUUGACGCUGGACAUUCACCCCGGACACACAACAUGGGAAAUUCUGACGUUGUAAUGACGCACCAAUCAAAUCCAAUUCUUCACGCGUCAACUCCGAAGGAAACCGAUAAUGAGUGCUUUGGUGUGGAAAUGGAAAAGUCGGAAGACGUCGUCUCUCUCGUUGAAGAUACUACUUCAACAAAUCGAAGUAAAACUCUGUUUCCUCCGGCGUCCGAAUCGAGGAUUCCUACCACACUAGGGAAUGCUGAUUCUAAAUAUAGUGCCAUCUCACACUCAUCGGAUUCGGUACUGGGCGUUACUCUGAACAAUACCACGGCGCAUCUCAACGCAGUUCGUAAACCCAACAAUGACGUAUCGUUGAAAUCUGAUUCGAUUGACAUGGACGUAAGUGUGAUUGAACCAGUAGCAGACGGCAACCAAAUAAUUGCAGAAGAUGCCGAUUCCCUUUCAUCAAAUGAUGCGGUUGCUGCAUUGCUGAACGUUACAAAGAGCAAAGAAUCAUCUUCUCCAAAAAACAAAUCUGCUUACCCAUCUGUCAGCAUAACACCCGUGAACUCUCUACACACUAGCUCACUUGCUACAACUUAUCCAAACAUUAACUUGGAACGCCGUCCAGGAAUUGAGAUAAUUCCUUUCAGCAAGGAUUCGCCAUCGUCAAGUAUACCUAGCUCAUUGACCAUCACUCCAGUUGGUGGGAAACCGACAAAGGAUAAAAGCAAGUACAAAGAUUUCCGCUUGAAAGAGGGUCUCACCCUUGAUUCUGAGACUAAAGACCGAGAUCGCGAGAAAGAGCGAGAAAGGAAGGAAAGAAAGCGAAGGAGGGAAGGAGAAAAGUCGCCUUCUAGCGGUGGCAGUGGUGGAAAACCGACAAAAAUGAUGAACCUAAGUGCUACUCUAAUGGGGCCGCCUGGAGCUCUAUUGAAAAUGGAUUCAAGUCCUAAACUGAACCAUAAAAAUAGCAGCAGUGGAAGUAACAGCAUUUCCACGCCACCCAGUAAUGCCAGUUUGAGUCCUCUUACUUCUCCUUCCAAAUCCAGCAGCAAAAGUUCAACACCGUCAAGCAGCCCAAAACACCCUAGCUCGGGUGGUAAACCAUCAAUGUCGGCUCUUUCUAUGUCAGCUCUCAAAUCUGAUGCUUCUUUGUUGACAGGUACGACAUCACCGUCUUCGAAAUCAAAGAAGAGCAAAGACAGAGAUCGCGAAAGAAGUGACAAGGAACGCGACCGAGACAAGGAUCGAGAUCGUGAUCGAGACAGAGAUAAAGAUAAAGAUAAAGAACGGGACCGAGACAAGGAUCGAGAUCGGGACAGGGAUAGAGACAAAGAACGAUCGAGGGAUCGUGAAAAGAAAUCAAGGACGCCUACACCAACAUCCAAUCACCACCACAGUCGUGGUCCGCCUUUGCUCAAGACCAAGUCUCUCGACUUUUCCCUAGCCGUUGAAGACAAAUCCGAAGAAUCAAAAGAAGACAACAGUUUUAAUUCUAUUCUUGCUCUGGCUACGGCAAACAGUGAAAUGUUACCAUCUCAGAUGGAUUUGCAAAGUUCUAUACAUACCGUCACUCAAGAGCUCCUAUCUUUCUCACCUCCAAUACUGUCAGAUUCAGAAAACUGCAAACUCAGCGGUAAUACUGGUGGGAUAUCAGCUGAUGGUUUAAUGUCUUGUCCAUCUUCCGGCAAUCCAAAUAAAUCACCAUUAAGAUCGAGAAAAAGCUCACUCUCAGCUGUCAUAGAUAAACUUCGAUCGCAACAUAAUCCAGAAUCUGACAUUUUUCAGAACAGUGGACCCAAGUACACUGGUGAUCCAGCAAUGAGGAUGGAGCAAUCGGAGGGUCGUUCCAACUAUAUGGAUGAAUUUAUGGAAGAAAGCGAUUCGUCUACGAGUCCAAAGCCUAACGAUGCUGAGGACAACAUGCAUUUUAAUCGGAUUCAUUCGGGAAGCAACUCACCGAGCGAUCCGUUUUCUCAGGAUGAUAGUGGUAUUAAUGAAACGACUGAUGCACACGAAGGGGAGUUAAACGGGGAGUCUCUUCCUGACAAGGAGUUCGUGAAACCUUUUCCGCCUCCGUCUGCUCGUGGAACCUACGGUAUUCGACCCCAUGGUUUCUUAUCGAAUUCGGAGGCUGAUCUGAAUCCUAACUCGCCAUCCGUAUCUGUGCACAUAGUUAAUGUUCCUUCUCCUCUAGCUUUGCAGCAAACGAGAUCUCCUUUAGCCAAUCAACUUGCUCUUGUUACCGCCGCCAGCGGACCAUCACCAGCGUCGAGUACCUCUCAAAGCUCGCCGUGCAUUAUUGAUGACGACCUAAUGGAUGAAGCCCUAGUUGGCUUAGGGAAAUGAUAAAUGUCAACUCUUUGUCUCAAAUUGGAAAAUAAACUCAAAGAACAUUAAA